AAAAGUACUUCCCCAGCAAUCACGAAGUUGGCACUGUACAGCGCCAGAGGACCUCCAGUUUGGAGAUAAUGGUUGCUCGUGUACGGCAGAGCGAAAGGAAAGAAGCGGUUGUACUCUGGCGAGCCCGUCUCGAAGUCUGCAAGUGGACAGUGUCAGUCGACUCUCUCUGGAUUUGGCCAAUGGCUGGAAGCGAGGUAGGAAGAAAAUACCAUUAGCCUUGGCGAUAACGUUUCCCAUGGUGAGCGACUCUCUCCAAUUGUGCUGGCUCUGCAGUCUGGAACGCAAAAGUGUGGAGCGCACGAUAUGCACCUAUAAUGCGAGGGCCAGAGUGCUAGUGCUCCGAGGAGAUUUUUAUUUCGGGCGGUCUGCCUUCGGCAGGCUGAGCACUCAUGGCCGAGUAUGCUGGUUGGUGUAUAACUGAAUGUGUAUUUUUGCGGAUUGGACUGGACCCGACCAUGGACGGAGGUUCGCUAUGCAAGCCUGUCCAUGGAUGUAUGCCGUGUUGUUCCUUCAUUGGCUCGAAACUGCUUGCGCUCGAUCACAGACUUCGAAAGCCGAUCCACAGGGCGGGAAAGUAGACGGCGAGUUCGAGCAUAGCAGGGAUAUAUAUGUACAGGCUACAUAUGGAAGAAGACUGGUUAUGC